AUGGUGGCCAUCGGAAACCAAUCAAACGGCCGAAGCAACGCGCGCAAUCCGUACAGUCGCGGCGGUGGCUCGGCCUGGGCGCGCAGCUCGCAAGGCGCACGCGCCAAUGCCGUCCGCACGCGUCCCGGCCGCGGCAUGACCGAAGCGAAGGCGUACGCGCUCCAGAAAGGCGACGAGCUCGACAGCAAGUUUGGCUUCAAGUUGCUGCCCGCGCUGCUGGAACAAGAGCAAGCGCUGCAAAAGGAAACGGCCGCCAGCAGCAUCAGCAGCAACGACAACGUACCAAAGGCGGACCGCGCCAGGCUCGGCUGGCUCUUGAACCUGCGCGCCUGUACGCUGGCCGACCCGCUCGACGGCAAGCACGAAGUCAGUGGCCUCGAGCUGUACUUUCUCGAGCAAGACGGCAAGGCGUUCAAGACGCGGAUUGUCUAUGCCCCGUACUUGUACGUCCGGCCCGAGACAAACCGGUCGCAAGAGGUGCUGGCGUACUGUCUCCGGCGCUUUGACGGGCUCGUGGUGAAAGCCGAGCGCGUGUUUCGCGCCGAUCUCGACCUGCCCGACCAUCUCCAUGGCCACAAAAAGGCGCUCUACGUCAAGCUCAGCUUUGCCACUGUGACGGACUUGAUGCUGGUCAAGCGCGAGCUCGCGCCGCUGGUCGCGCGGAACCAGGAGCGACUGCACGCGCGCCAGGCGUACGAGAUGCAGGGCCGCCAGACGAACGAGCACGUGACUGAGGACGAUUUGGGUUUCUUUGGCGCAGACGGGACUGGUGCAGUUGUUCAUGGCGUUUCAACAGCUGAUGAGAGCGAGAGUUCGUUGCUCGAGCUGAGAGAAUACGACGUGCCGUACGCUAUGCGAGUGGCCAUUGAUCUGGACAUUCGAGUGGGUGCGUGGUACCUCGUAAAUUAUGAUCCGACGGCUCCGUAUGCGCCGUCAGAUGUGAGGCGGCAGAAGGAUAUGGUGGAAAAAGCAGAACCUGUGGUGUGUGCGUUUGACAUCGAGUGUACAAAGGCGCCGUUGAAGUUCCCUGAUGCCCAAGUCGACCAGAUUUACAUGAUUUCGUACAUGAUUGACAGACAGGGCUAUUUGAUUGUAAAUCGCGAGUUCGUGUCGGAAGACAUUCAGGACUUUGAGUACACGCCUAGAGAAGCGUACCCUGGCCCUUUUAUUGUGUUUAACGAAGAGAACGAGGAGCAACUACUGAAGCGGUUCUUCGAGCACGUGGUCGAAGAGCAGCCGCAUAUUUUCGUGACGUAUAACGGCGACUUUUUCGAUUGGCCGUUCAUUGAAACGCGGGCACAAGUGCAUGGUAUCAACAUGGCGCAUGAAAUUGGCAUAUCGCUGGAUGAGCGGAGCGGCGAGUACCGUGGACGUUGCAGUGUGCACAUGGACGCGUUCUGCUGGGUGAAACGAGAUUCGUACUUGCCUCAGGGAAGUCAAGGCCUGAAAGCCGUGACAAAGUAUAAGCUCGGGUACGACCCAGUGGAGGUUGACGCAGAAGAUAUGGUUGCCUUGGCCCGUGACGAGCCGCUGAAGAUGGCGUCGUAUUCGGUCUCCGAUGCUGUCGCGACUUUUUACUUGUAUGAUAAGUACGUGCAUUUAUUCGUGUUCUCGCUUUGUACGAUCAUCCCUCUGGGAUCUGAAGAUGUACUGCGAAAAGGAUCUGGCACGCUUUGCGAAGCACUGCUAAUGGUUGAAGCUUUUCAAGGCAACAUCAUUUGCCCGAAUAAGCAAAGCUCGGCCCGUGAAGAGACUUUUUACAAAGGACACCUUGUGGAGAGCGAAACAUACGUUGGCGGUCACGUGGAGUGUUUAGAGUCGGGUGUGUUUCGUGCGGAUUUCUUAUACGAUUUUCAAUUGGAACCCAGUGCAUUUCAGCAAUUGGUCGACAACAUUGAUCGUGACCUCCGGUUCUCUCUGGAGAUCGAAAUGAACGUCCCACUUGACCGUGUUGCCAACUAUGCAGAAGUAAGAAAGAACAUUGUCGAUUGUCUCGUUGCACUUCGCGAGCGACCGAAUCGGAAGGAACAUCCGCUGAUCUAUCAUUUGGACGUAGCUGCCAUGUACCCAAAUAUCAUACUGACGAACCGGUUGCAACCAUGUGCGAUCGUAAACGAGGCGGACUGCGCAGCGUGUGCGUACAACACUGAGUGCGGCCGUGCUGCUAUCAAGGAUACGAAUUUGUCAUGUCAGCGUGAAAUGGACUGGGUAUGGCGGGGCGAUUUCUACCCUGCCACUCGACCUGAAUACUAUUCCAUCAAAACGCAAAUCGAAUACGAAAACUUUCCUCUCGACAAGAAGGGAGGUGCGGUCAAUGGACGUACAGCAGAGAAAGCGAAUGGUGCUGAGUCUGCCGUGCCCUUUGCUCACCUUCCUGCUGAUAAGCAAGAACUGCUACUGAAACAGCGAUUCAAGAGUUACUGUUCUAGUGUGUACAAGAAGACGAAAGUGACGGAAGAACAAAAACGCUCUGCGACUGUCUGCAUGCGCGAAAACCCGUUUUACGUGAACACCGUGCGCGCGUUUCGAGAUCGUCGCUACGAGUACAAGGGACUGACAAAGGUCUGGAAAAACAAAGUGUCCGAAGCCGCAGAUGCGAACGAUCUCCUGGCGAAGAUUGAUGCUCAAAAUAAGUGCCUUGUGUACGACUCUCUCCAACUGGCACACAAGUGUAUUUUAAACUCAUUUUACGGUUAUGUCAUGCGCAAGGGGGCGCGGUGGCACUCGAUGGAGAUGGCCGGUAUCGUGACGCACACAGGCUCGAAUAUCAUUACCGGCGCUCGUGAGCUGGUGGAUCGAAUCGGACGUCCGUUGGAGCUAGAUACCGAUGGUAUAUGGGCCAUUCUCCCGAAGUCGUUUCCCGAAACGUUUGUGUUCAAGCUGAAAAAUGGCGGGUCUAAGAGCAUCUCGUAUCCGUGUGUAAUGCUGAACGCAGAUGUGCACGCCAAAUUUACGAACCCGCAAUAUCACGAGCUUGACCCAGCUACUGGAGAGUACAACACACACAAGGAGUGUUCUAUUACUUUUGAAGUAGACGGCCCGUACAAAGCGAUGGUCAUUCCUGCUUCUACAGAAGAGGGAAGAUUGUUGAAAAAGCGUUAUGCAGUUUUUAACUUUGACCAUUCGCUUGCUGAACUCAAGGGCUUUGAGCUCAAGCGACGUGGUGAGCUCCAGCUGAUUAAGGCGUUCCAGUCUCAGGUGUUCGAGUGCUUUCUUGACGGCGAUAGCCUGGAAGAGUGCUAUGCAUCCGUCGCCAAGUGUGCGAACCGAUGGCUAGACGUGAUCGAUACGCGAGGCAAAUCGAUGGAUGAUGGUGAGUUGUUGGCAUUGAUUACUGAGAAUAAAAGCAUGUCCGGCAAGCUGGAUGAGUACGAAGGACAGAAGUCGACAUCGAUUACCACCGCUCGGCGGUUAGGUGAGUUUUUGGGCGAAGAGAUGGUCAAAGAUAAGGGUUUAAAUUGUAAAAUGAUCAUUGCUGCACGUCCGUAUGGUGAAAAGGUGACCGAGCGUGCUAUUCCCACCGCCAUCUUUGCUACGGAAGAUGCUGUGAGGCGGCAUUUUCUGCGGAAAUGGUUGAAAGAUCCCCAGCUGCAAGAUUUUGAUAUUCGCUCGAUCCUUGACUGGGACUACUACCGCACGCGUUUUGCGUCGACGGUACAAAAGAUCAUUUCGCUUCCAGCUGCGUUCCAGAAUGUUAGGAAUCCAGUGCCUCGCAUUGAGCUGCCAGACUGGAUGAGAAAACAAGUUCGCGAGAAGAAUGCCAAGCAUCAGCAGGGCAAUAUGAAACAGUUUUUCAAGGCUGCAGUCAAGAGCACUAGCGAUGGCGACUAUGUUGCCCGGUUGAUCGAUAUGGAGGAUCUGGAAAAAGGAAAUGAUCCUUUGCGAUCGAGAAGACCAUUUCCGCUACAACGGAAGAAGAAAAGGAGUGAUCGCGACGACGACAGUACCAUUCCGAUUCAACCUCUCGAUGCUCAUAGUGCGGAAGGCGUGUCUGUGGUGGCAGUAAAACUAGGAGAAGUGCCAUUUACAGAUUGGCUGAAACAUAGGAAACAAAUGUGGAAGGCUAUGCUUGGGAAGCGGAGACGAGAGCGUGAAGAACGCAUGCAAAAGUUUGGCGGUGUCGGGGGAUUUGGCAUGUCGAAUGGUGGUCGUGAUAGCACCAAGCGUUUUCAGAUCGAGCCCACGAAUGCUCGUGCAGCAAAGGGCAAUGGUGUCGGCAUGGAAAACUUCGUUGUCAACGCAACGAGUGCGCUCCAGCGCGAGUAUUGGCAAAUCGUCGAGAUACAGCAAGAGCAAGGCGGGCUAUUCACUUGCUGGGUUCUAACUGCUCAUUCGCAGAUGCUGCAGCGCAUUACGCUGAAGAUGCCUCGCGUAUUCUACAUUACGUGCAAAGAGGCAGAUCACGAGUAUUUGCUGUCUUUGCUGCCGGGUUCGAGACGUGUAUCUCGUAUCGUGCCCCACUGUACAUCCAAGCCGCAAUCGGUUUUGGAGGUGACGCUGAGCGAGCGGCAGUAUCAACAAUACCAGAAGGAAAUUGGCCAGAUUCUUGGUGACCCGCAUGUAGACGGUGUGUACGAGCUGCAAGUAUCAACUUUGACGCGCGCCGUCUGUGCGCUUGGCUGUGUAGCCAAGGUCGUCAACCCGCACAUGUCUUCCAGUAACAAUCAAGAGUACGAGCUGGGUGACCUGCAAUUCCAGUCUACGGCUCAGGUGCCUUAUCUCUUGGAACCUCAACGCUCGUUUGCUAGUGAUAAAGAGGCCUCACCGUCGCCAUGCUCGCUCAUGCGACGAGUGCUGCUCUACUUCGCUCAGCAGAAAAAACGCGCUAUCCUGGGUCUGGUCGUGCUGAAAGAAGGCGAUGAUGACGUCAGGGAAGAUACUCUGAAGAAUGGUGUGAGCGAGGGCGACGCGAUCGUCUGGUACGUCGACCCAUUUUCCAACGCCAAGUCUCAAGGCUCGAGUCUGAGCCAUUUCUUCGAACAAUUGCUUCGCGAGUCCCAAAAAGAAGGCGACACCGCUACUAUUCAGAGCUGUUCAUUCAAGACGCACGUUGUGAAGACUACGCAGGAAGCUUUUUCAGGUGUAAAUGUUGCCCUUGCACGACUGGCCUCAAACAAGCAGCUUGCCUCGAAGCCGACAAUCGUAGUGGCACAGACAUGCAUUUCAUCCAGCAAGCGUUUACGUGAAAAAAUGCAGGGCCUUCACAGCUUCCCCAUCGCUAUACUUCCUUGGAACGAAGAGGACACACUGUUCCCGGCACUCACGUGGCGCAAGCUGAUGGGAGAAAAGCUGAUCACCCGGUGUUUUGAAAUGACGCAAUACUUUUUGGAUGUGCUAGAGUGCGCACGAUACGCACAUUUGCCUGCGGGCAACUUUACUGGAGACCACUCAAUUGCUAUACUAGAUACGCUGUACUCUCGUAUCUUGACCAAGCACAAACAUUUGUGGUGGCAUUCAUCAACGUCUUUGCCGGAUCUUGGCGGCAAGGAGCAAGAGCAACAAUUCCAGCAGCUAUUCAGUCAAUCCCUGCUUGGGUCAUCGCUAACAAACAGCGAUGCAGUUUCCCAGCACGAGGUCGAUACGUCUGCUGUCGUAUGCGAGAAAGGGUCAUUUGUCGACGUAUGCGUCGAGCUGGAAUUAGAUGGCCUUGCCGUCAAUGCGAUCCUCGUUGCGUCUCAGAUCCAUAGCAUCGAAGGCCUGGGCGUUGCCCAUCAGAUGGAGAUUGAUUUCGAUGGCAACGGUGGGGGAGAAUCUGCCAAGGCAGAAGGUCCCACCCCUGCUAUCGCUGAAGGUGACGCCGAGCAGAAUUGUCACGAAGCGUUCCGACUGCUUCGUGUUAUGGUAACAACUCUGUUCAAGGACUUUCUGGCCACCCGCAACAAGUUCGCCGAUCACGUGCUGCAGCAGUUUUACCGCUGGCUCUGUUCGCCAAACUCUUUGAGCUUCGACCCCGCGCUACAUGCAAUGGUGAAGCGCUUGAUGGAAAAACUGUUCUUGCAGCUUCUUGCAGAGUUUCGUCGCCUGGGGUCACAGAUCGUCUAUGCCGACUUCAGCAAAAUCAUUGUGUGCACAAAGAAAAAGACGGAACGUGACGCGCAGAUCUCCCUUAAUUUUAUUUUGCAAACCGUACUGUCCAACGAGCUGUUUCAAGUGCUUCAUUUUACUCCAAAGAAGUAUUUCUCGAAUUUGUUGUUUCUGGACGCGGAAAAUUACGGCUGCAUUAUGCUAAAAAGCGUGAGGCCGGAAGGGACUCACGAAGAAGAGAGCGAUCAUGGUAUGGCUAGUAGUGAUGAGAGAACUUUGGAGAUCGUGUCACAUUGGAACAUUGCAAACUACUUGCCCCGUGGCGUGGACGAGUAUUUCUUAAUUUUGGUAGGUCAAUUUAUUCGUCGGCGAGCUGAAUUUCAGCUACGCGAGCGUCGACGGAUAGCAAACGGUGCCGAUGCCAAGCUUGUCGCUGCUGACGACGUUGAUGAGCAGCUCAUUGAUGAGGACGAGACGCACUGUAGCCCACUUGCCAAGUACUCCCAACGGCUUGUAUCGUCGUAUUUUUCAGACAAACUGCUGCGUGUGGUUCCGGAAAUUCUAACAUACAACAUGGAUCGAGACAGCUUUCCAGUGUUUGCCGGGUCGCAUCUCCUAAUGGAGUCACCCGCGUUGGAGCUAGUGAAGUUUGUAACUGCAGUAUUCCUGCUGGAACCAAGCGUCGAAGCUCAAGUUGGCAAGAUGAGACGCACUCUGCUGAAGUUGCUACACAAGAGCGAGUUCUCCGAUGAGACUCAUUUUCGCAACCCGUCGCUAUCGUUUACGGUACAAGACGUCAUUUGUCUGUGCUGCAACUUGUGCCGGUCGAUUGAUUUGUGCCGUGAUCCGCAGCUCUUUACGGGUAGUGCGUCGUCGCACCCGGAUGAAGACAAUGAAGAGCUCGAAAAUAGGGAGGAUUCGGAUACUUUGUUUGCGUGGCACUGUCCUCGUUGCUUUGCGUUGUACGACAAGACUGCGUUUGAAAUGCGACUGGUGGAGACGGUACAGGCUCAGUCGGUGGCGUACCAACUCCAGGAUCUAUACUGCCGCAAGUGUCGUUUGCCAGCUGAGCACAAAAUGCGCGAGUAUUGCCCAUGCUCAGGCACGUAUGCGUUACUGCCUGGAGUACGUGAAUCGCUGUUGGAGACGUUGCGUCUGCUCAACCGCGUCGCGCAACAACAUAACUUUGAGUGGCUUCUAGAGACUGUACAGCGCCUGGGGCGUGAGGCCGUGCAGCCACCGCUGAUAACAAAUGGCAACAUUACGUCAGCAUAA